AUGCCUGCCGCAAAGAAGCAUGUCCCUAUCGUCAAGAAGCGCACUGCGCGCUUCAACCGCCACCAGUCGGACCGCUUCAUGCGCGUAGACCCCAGCUGGAGAAAGCCCAAGGGUAUCGACAAUGCCAUGCGCCGUCGCUUCAAGGGCCAGGCUGUCAUGCCCAAGAUCGGUUACGGUUCCAACAAGAAGACCCGCCACAUGAUGCCUUCCGGCCACAAGGCUUUCCUCGUCAACAACGUCCGCGAGCUCGACCUUCUCCUCAUGCACAACCGCACCUACGCCGCUGAGAUCUCCCACGCCGUCUCUGCCCGCAAGCGCAUCGACAUUGUCGCCCGCGCCAAGCAGCUCGGUGUCAAGGUCACCAACGCCAAGGCCAAGAUCACCACCGAGUCAUAA